UUAGUUUACUGAUGUUCGAGCAACAAUUACAUACAUUCUGAGCUUUACUAUAUUUUGUAUUCGCAACUUUAUUUUUUAACUGUGUCUUUUACAGCUAAAUCUGUUUAAACUUGAGGCCGCCGUUCUUUACUCUUAACUCGAAUAUUAUUCAACUGGAUCCGCUGGGAGAGUUCAUUUGACAUGGCGCCGCAGGAUAGAAACAAACCUAUCAGGCUGAAUGAUAAGAUCCUCUGGCAGAACCUAGGCGACUCGGACCUGCUCCAAAUGGCAGAAUAUGCAGAACAGAUGGAAAAAUUUGACGACAUGCGACAAGCGAUGCGCCACUUCGUGGAGAGACGGAAAUGGGUGAACAGCGAGGAGAGGAAUCUACUAGUGGACGCGUACAAGACACUCGCCACCCAACUGAGGGGACAGUGGAGGGUGGCAGUGAGUCUGUACCACACCCAGAACUCAAACACAGACUCGCUCGCCGAAUUCUCCCAUAAUGCAGACGGAAAAAAGAUCACAGUGAAAGAGCAGGAGCGUCUGUUCGAGUUGCGGCGGAAGGAGUCGCGUCUGAUGGUGGCCCAAAUUAGCAAGGAGAUGCGGGAGUUGUGCGAGGAGAUCAUGGCUCUCAUCACCGACUACCUCCUCCCCUCCACCCCCGACAACAAGGCCGAAGACAGAGUUUAUUGGCUCAAGAUUAGGGCGGACUACUACCGGUACAUGGCGGAGACAAUGGAAGGGGAGGGGCGGAAGAUGCAGGCUGAGAAGACAGAGACUGCCUACCAGGAGGCAUACAAGAAGGCCAUAUCACUCACCGCAUACAACCCAGUCAGACUGGGUCUGCUGCUGAACAUGGCAGUGUUCCAUUUUGAGAUCUACGGCAACCAGACCAGAGCAGUCAAGAUUGCCAGGGACGCAUACGACAAGUGUGUCUCCAAUAUGGGCAAGGUGCCCGAUGACCAGUUGAAAGACGUGAAGCUGAUCCAAGACCUUUUGAGAGACAAUCUAAUGCUGUGGUGCUACACAGAAGACACCGACAUAUGAGUCAUAGAAUCCCUUAAGCCAACCACCCCACCUCAGUUGAAUCAUCAUUGUCAACGCAGUCGCAAUUGCCAGCGCCAAAAACCACACUUCAGAGAUAAUGACAACUUCGACAACUGCUGAAUACAAACCAUCACACUAAGCUAGCUUUUUGAACGAAACUUUAGUUAGAAAUCUUUAAUUGUGUAACUAUAAAUAUCUUUAUAAGGCAUUAGAAUCAUUUGAAAUA